AUCCUCCUUCUCCUCAGAGGGCUAGGGACGGGUGGGGACAUCAGGCAGCCCUGUGGACCCAGGAAACCGCCAGAGUGCCUGCGCAGCUUGUUCCAGACAAGCCCUGGCUGGGCCUCGCCCUCAUCCCACUCUGCCCAGAUGUUCUCCACCUGGAAGAGACCAAUGCUGCUGUCUGUUCAUGAGGACCCCAUGCCCACCACAGCCUCCUUCAGCACGAGAAUGUUCAACAUCACCUCGCAAGCCCUUGCGCCUGCUCUUAACGGGACCCUGUCCCAGGGCAGUGACUGUCCCGACAUGGAGUGGUGGGACUUGCUCAAUGCCACCCAGGCCCCCUUCCUCUGGGUCCUGUUCGUGCUGGCCACAGCCGAGAACGUCUUUGUCCUCAGCGUGCUCUGCCUGCACAAGAGCAGCUGCACCGUGGCGGAAAUCUACCUGGGAAACCUGGCGAUGGCUGACCUGAUCCUGGCCUGCGGGCUGCCCUUCUGGGCCAUCACCAUUGCCAACAACUUCGACUGGAUCUUCGGGGAGGUUCUGUGCCGGGUGGUGAACACCAUGAUCUACAUGAACCUGUACAGCAGCAUCUGCUUCCUGAUGCUGGUAAGCAUCGACCGCUACCUGGCCCUGGUGAAGACCAUGUCCAUGGGCAGGAUGCGCGGGGUGCGCUGGGCCAAACUCUACAGCCUGGUGAUCUGGGGCUGCACGCUGCUCCUGAGCUCGCCCAUGCUGGUGUUCCGCACCAUGCGGGGGUACAGUGACGAGGGCCACAACGUGACUGCCUGCGUCAUCACCUACCCUUCCCGCACCUGGGAGGUGUUCACCAACGUGCUCCUGAACUUGGUGGGCUUCCUGCUGCCCCUGAGCAUCAUCACCUUCUGCACGGUGCAGAUCAUGCAGGUGCUGCGCAACAACGAGAUGCAGAAGUUCAAGGAGAUCCAGACGGAGAGGAAGGCCACCGUGCUCGUGCUGGCCGUGCUGCUGCUCUUCGUCGUGUGCUGGCUGCCCUUCCAGAUCAGCACCUUCCUGGACACGCUGCUGCGCCUCGGCGUCCUCUCGGGCUGCUGGGACAAGCACGUCAUCGAUGUCAUCACGCAGAUCAGCUCCUACGUGGCCUACAGCAACAGCUGCCUCAACCCGCUGGUGUACGUCAUCGUGGGCAAGCGCUUCCGGAAGAAGGCCCGCGAGGUGUACCGCGGCGCGUGCCAGCAGGGCGGCUGCGUGGCCGAGCCGCCCCCGAUGGAGAACUCCAUGGGCACGCUGCGCACCUCCAUCUCGGUGGAACGCCAGAUGCACAAGUUGCAGGACUGGGCGAGGAGCAGCCAGUGAUGAGGCCACCGGGUGGGUACCGCCCCGGGCGCGAGGCGCAGACAGCGGCUCUCCAGCGCGGCCCGCGAGGAGCUGGCCGCCUCCCGAGAUCUUGAGCGACGAGUUGGGGUCUCAGGAAGAAGAUCGGAAAGCGAUCCCGCUCUCCCGGCGCUUGCCGAGGACGAGGCGGCCUGGGUACAGUCAAGCACCCCCUCCACGCAAUAGUAUUAUCGCGGACGGCUGCCACUUCAGGGCCUGCUGCUGCUUCCCAGGAGCCAAGAGGGCCUGGGGGCAGGGGUGGGAGUGACGGAGCUCCUCUCCCUCGGUGGUCCCUCCCUGCCCCAGCAUGAGGCUCAGGGCUCCAGGAGAACUGCGGUCCAGCUGUGGUGGGUGGCUGGGUGCACAGCGCCCAGCUGCCCCUGGCUGGGUUUCAUUAAUCCACGCGGCUAAGACUUUGCAGGGUGACUUUGCAGAUUAAUGGAGGUUAAACUCUUACAAGAACCCAGAGACCAGGAGCCUGUGGCUCCUCUCACCAUCGGACAGGUGAUCUGUGCAAAAGAACCCAGUAAGCACUUAUUAAGCACUUGCUGUAUAUACAGCACUGGACAGCAGACCAGAGGGAAGAGAGAAGGCAGUCUCUCUCCCUCGGAGGAUCCCCAGAACUCAAUUGUGGGUGCCUGAGGGCCGGCAGUGACCAGAAGGCAGUUCUGUGGCAUGGUCAGGCAAGGUGUUGUAGCAGUACAGAGAGCAAAGAGGGGAGGGACCCGAGGGCUCAGUUUGGCUGAUUGCUAGAUGCACAAUCUCCGGGUCCCUGCCUCAGUUUCCUUUUGUGUAACAUGAGGUCAUUGUGAGGAUUGAAGGCUAUAACAGGCAUAAAAGUUCUCUGAGGAUCAGAGGUGCUCUGUAGUAUGACACAUCAUUCUGCACACCAGGUGGCUGGAUUCAUUAUAAGGAAAAGACACUGAGGGGUAAUUAGCUUCUGGAGGAGAAUCAGAACUGGAAGCCAAGGUGGGCACAGCCAGCUUCAGCUGGGGCUCAGGAGGGCUGGCUGCCUCCACCUGUCUUCCAUCGCCUGCCCCUCCCCAUCCCCCCUUCACACACACACACACACACACACACUCAAGCAUUUGCUAGGAGGUCACCCCUUCUGUGCUCAGUUUGAGAGUCUGCAGGAGAGAGAUUUCUGCUGAGACCUGCUUGGGACCACAGUGCUCAGACCCUGCCCGCAGGCCCCAGCGGUCCGGGGGAGUUCAGUCUUGCUUCUCCCUUGCCCUGGGCACAGCAACCAAGACACCAGUCAGUAGUUUAUUCAACCCAGAAAAGAGCUUGUGUCGGAAGCAGUAGAGGCGUCCAAGGGCGGAAACCCGUGACGGCAUGGAGCUCACUCACCCAGACGCAUCACUUCCAGGACCAGCCUCCCUACACCCUGGGCGGGACCCCCAGCCCUGGGCCUGCUGGGCUGUGCCCCCUGGGCUGCCUGGGCAGGGCCCUGUGUGACCUCAAGGAGACCCUGCGGGGACAACACACCCACAUGUGAUCAGACCAGAGGCUGAACAGAGAUGGGCGACCGGAGCCGGCCCUCUUCCAGAGGCCUUGCUGUACAUGUCCCCCUAGGACCAACCGCGGGGCCUGGCUGGGCUCUGCCACAGGCCGCCCGUGGGGCUCAGGGGUCAGGAGGAAGCUGCACGGGCAGCACUGUCCCAAGCCCUGGGACCCACUUAGUUAACUGCCGGCUGUGGCCAGCACGGUGCAAGCCUUACGGGGGGGAGUGGAGGGCCGCGGCCCCGGCCCAGCCUCGGGCUGCUCAGACCCAGGCAGCUCAGCAGCGACGAGCCCAGUGGAACAGGACGUGAGUGUUAGCCGCUGGCUGUUAGCCCGAGGAGGACUGGGGUGGCAACAAGCCCAUAUGGCCUGGCCAAUCUGACCGAUUUGGUCACUAAAAUGUCCCCCAAAAUUCCUUCCCCCAGGAGCUACAGGUCACAGCUGGUCACAGCCUUGGGCUCACCAUGGUCGGCCUGUGAUCUGGGCGGGCCUGGCUCUGCCAGAGGGAGCCCCCGGUGGUGAUGAUACCCUAAUGAGGCCUGGCCCAGGAAAGCGCCCAGGAGCUGCCGCUUGUACCAGAAGCAGCUCGGCGCCCACAAGGAGGGUGGCCCUGGCCCCGAGAGCACGCGUCUUGUUCCGCAGAAUAAUAAACGAGGAGGGGUUUUCACCGGCUCCCAUUUGCCACAGCUCCUGUAACACCAGCCUGGGGCGGGGGAUCCACUUAUUCCUUGGGCUUCGGUCAGGGAGAUCCAUGGUCCCCAAGCUGUUGUAAUUAAUGGAUCUUCACAAAUUUUUUUAAAUACUCAAUGUGUGUGCUUAAUGUGUUAAAACAUACUCAACAAGCAGUGUAAGCAUUUUAGAAAAGCACUUUAGAAAAAUGUAAACAAAUGUUGAAAGUUUGGAUAUGCCUGCCUCUGAAUUCCUCCGUGGGGCGCUCCUCGCCAGACUCCCAUCAGGUGCCCAUGAGGCCAGCAUGACAGAUGGCAGCGGUUCAGUCCUUUGUCCACACAGGAUACAGUUUUUAGUGCCUGCACUUGACCUUCCCUUUGAAUCAGGAGUCGAAUAACAUCCAGGCCAUAACAUUGAGAGUAAAAGCCACGGUUGGCACACGCUCAGGGCAACGGUACCCAUUCUGCUUUGGUCUCCUUCGUUGUUCACUCUUCCACUAAGCAGAACUUGCGUUCUGUGUCCCCGUGAACAGCACAGCCUGGGGGGCUGAAGAAGGAGGAUGGCAAGUUCCCGGCUGAGCUGGGCAACCCAGUGAGAUCCUGUCUCAAAAAAUAAAAAGGACGGGGGUGGAGCUCAGUGGAAGCCCCUGGGGACCCCUGGGUUUAAUCCCCAGUACAGGAAAAGGAAAUUUUCCAAAUUAAAAAAUACAGCACUGCUUAGUCCAUCCUUGCCAGAAACCUGGCUCACCGUUCAAUGCACCUCUUUUUAAAGCCUUCCACCUGGUGGGUCAGCGAGUCUUUUAGACGUCACCCGGUAAGUGUGGGCCGGACCUACCUGCUUCCAUGUCCACCGUGCUCUCUUGGUCUCCCCACCUCCAGUAUUAGCCACCACCCUUUCCCAGUUCCCCAGUCUGCAGCCCAGGCCACCUUGGAAGAAUUCGCA